AUGUCUGAAUCAAGCUCCAGAUCCCUCAAGUCCGUUCAUUUCGCCGAACCACGUCCAUACCUCCAUCUCAUACCAGACGAACUCUUGAUCGAAGUGGGAAAAUACCUAUUACCAACUACCAAGUUACCCCUUCCAUCCUUACAGCCUCAUUUUGAAAACUAUAGACACCCUUUCGACCGACGUGGAAAUUAUGGAGAUUAUAUAUCCUUUAGGGAAUCGUGUCAUAAGGUAUCGUGUCUUUUGAAGCCGAUCGACAAGGAUUUUGAGAUUGAGAUUAAGAGUAAAGAAGGGUUGAGGAAAUGGGUGAAUGCACCUAAAGAAAAGCUAGACAAUGUUGUUCGACUUCGCCUUAAUUUUACUCUAGACCCUACCGACGAUAUACCCACAGUUUCAAUCAGAUUUUGGAACGAAUUCAUCUCGCUCUUACUAAAAAUGCCCAAUCUUGUUGAACUAUACUUCACCUCAACUCCAUUCUGCUAUCAUGGGAAACAUGGUCAUACCCUUUUAUUCGAAUUACCAAACUCGAACCAGUCACCUUUAAACAGUAUCAUUUCAUUUGGUAACGAAGUGAAAUGUCGGUGUUGCGCCGAACAUUUAACUCGUCUAUCAACUUGUAUGCCCAAUCUCAAACAUUUGAAAUGUACUUCUCAAGAUAGUGUAUCUCAAAUUAAUACUGAUGACGAUUUUGAACCUUACGAUUUCAUGAUCAACAAUGAUACUGAAAAUUUAGAAACUUUAUAUUUGAAAUAUUGGGAUUUAGACACAUUUGAUGAAAUACCUAUGGGAGAAUUACAUAGCGGUUCUCCAAAGUUGAAAAAAUUGAUUUAUUCAUCGCAUGCUAUCGAAUCGCCCUAUACGCUCAGACAGAAAGGUCUGGUCGAAGCCGUCCAGGAUGAUGAUCAAUGGCAUUUUAACGUUGGGAGAGAGAUGGGUUCAGAUUUGAAUUUGAGUGGAACUUUGAGUCUGUUCGCCGAAGAAUGGUCUCAAUUCAAUAACAUGGAAGAAUUCGAUCCUGGACUGGUCAUGAUUCCUGUUCAAUACUAUACACGGACCAUUUAUGGUAAACCUCCUGAACGGAACUCGGAUCCGAGGUUUCCAUACGCAUUACAACAAGUGCCUCCGGAAGUGCUCGAUCAAAUUCGAAUCGUUGGUCCGGAAGAGUACGAGAGGGUAUCGAAAGAAGCAAUGAUAGAAGCUACAAAAAUCAUGAAGACCAAUUGGACAAGUUUGGAAAAGGUUUAUUGGUGGCAAGAUAGGAACAAACGACCUGAUUCACCUACGAGAGAUUAUCUUAGAUGGACCGCUGUGAUUACCGAUGUGUCCUCGACUCAAUCAGACGGAGACGGUGAACUCAUGAACCAAGCUGAACAAAGUCCGAAUGGUAUACAGGUUGUGAUCGAAGGCCCGGAACUGAUGUAUCAUGAUCUGAUUUGGUCAGAUGAAGGAUCGGUUCCUCCCGAUGUGGAAGAGCCGCUGGAUGAGAGAAGUGUAGGAAAAUGA